UUAUUGCUCAAAAAUGCUGUCUAGGUGGUCGGCUUACUAGGGCUGUGAUUGGAAAAUAUGUUGCUUGGAGCUUUGUCUGUGUAUGAGUCUGUUAACAUUGGCUCAAAACGAAGUGAGCUUCCUACCCGAACACAUUCUUGGGCAUUAUAUAAUGCAAAUUUGCCUAUUAUGCGCCAAAAAAUGAUCUUGGUCGGCAGCUCACUAGGACUAUGUUUGAAGAAGAAUACUCACAUUAGGGAUGCACUGAUAUGAACAUUUUGGCCAAUACCGAAAACUGAUAAUUCAUUACGUUUGAAAGCCGAUAACCGAUAUAUUGGCCAAUAAAUCUAAAUCCAAAUUUUUAUAUAAUUUUUGAGAGCCUGAUUACAAAAACAAAAGUCUUCCCAUUAAAAGCCAUGUCCCAAGCACACAAUUUUCCUAGAAAAAUAACAAUCAUAUUUUUAAGCAAUUCAAAAUCAUAAUGGUGGACUGUGCACAUCUGAAGUGUCUCAGCUGAAGGAAAUAAUCCGUUAUUUAUAGGCUUUAAUAUAUCGGCCUAAUUUUCUUAUUGGGCCCAUAACUUUAAAUAUGAAGAUAUAUCAACCCAUACCGAUAUGGUGGCCAAUAUAUCAUGCAUCCCUAACUCACAUACUGCCUUUUUUUUGUCCAUUUUUGUGUAAAAAAUAGUGAGAUGUUAAAAAAAAAAAAAAAAAAAAAAAAAAACCUCUUAUGUCCAGUUAAUUAAUCACACUGGAAAUCUGAAAGUCAAUUGCAAUCACGUUGCAGUAUUGUAUUCCCUGUAGCACAUUUUUGCAAAUGGAUUGCCUGGGUAUUCAAUGCAUACAAAAACUAUACUAUAUGGGGUGAUUUUAAGUAUAUUGCUAUCCAGAAUUCCCCCUUACAUCAGAAUUAGUAUGAGUAGUAUGCUGUUGCAAACAAAGCUUCGUGUACACAGCCGUUGUGUUUCUUCAUCUUUGCACCAGAUGGCGCUGUUGUUUAAAAAAUUGUUAUGUAUAUUUUUAGCUUGUGGAUGUGUAUGAAGGCACAGUGAGAGACACGUCACGUGUGUGUCAUAAAAACACAAAUCUUCAAAAGCUAAAAUGGCAAAAAGAUAAACCCUAACCCUUACAAACAAAGUACUGUACUGUUAAUAAAUAAUCGUGCUAAUAUCACGUACUGAAUGAUACUAUCCAUGAUAAUAAACUUCAUGUAAUACCAGGUUGUUGUCGUUGUACAUGGCCAAGAAACAUUGUAUUACCAUGGUACCAAGUCUUAAAAAGCACUGAGACAUGCAAAACAAAAUAAAUUGAUUUCGAAUAUUUGAACUUAUUGUACAUUGUUGCGAUUAAGAGUCUUGAUGAUGUGAAAGUGGUCAUUCCAUUCGAACCUUGACUUCGAAUACUGAGGUAAGAACUACAAUCCACACACAAUAACAGAUUUGUGUUUGAGGGGCGUGCUUCACUUUAAUUAAUUCACACUUCUGUCCAAUCAGUGCUCUGGAGGGCGGUGUUCAAGCGCUCAAGGCGCGCGCCCGAGCACGGAGACCGUAACUCGGUCCGGAAUUCAGCGUAGAGUGAUGACAGUCCCAACGCAGUCACAUUCAGACAAGGAAUAACUCACACCUCUGAUCAUUUAAUGAACUGAUCCAGUUUUACUUCCAGAGAAAAAAAAAAACAAAAACAAAACAAGGCGCAACUCCAGACCAUGCGCUCUAUGUGAACAGCUGCGCAAAGACGCACAGGCUGAAAGACAUUUGACAGCUCGCCAACGGGACAUUGGAGUGGACAUGUGAAGAAAUGGAUAUGCAGCCUCUUCUUAUGAUCAAAAUGCGAUCUGACAUCAUCAUCAUCGUCCUCAUCCUCACUGCUGUGAUUGUCCCCCUGUGCACCUCGCAGUCAGUGUGUCCUGGCACUGAUAACAAGCUCAGCACGCUGUCUGAUUUGGACCAGCAGUACAGAACCCUUCGCCAGUUCUACGAGAACUGUGAGGUGGUCAUGGGUAAUCUGGAGAUCACCAGUAUUGAACGGAACCGCAACCUGUCUUUCCUCAAGUCUAUCCGUGAGGUGACGGGUUACGUGUUGGUGGCUCUGAACCAGUUCGACUAUCUUCCUCUGGAGAACCUGCGGAUCAUCCGUGGCACUAAAUUGUAUGAAGGACGCUACGCCCUGUCCAUCUUUCUCAACUACAGACGAGAUGGACACUUCGGCCUUAAACAACUCGGCCUCAAGAACCUGACAGAAAUCCUGAAUGGAGGUGUGUAUGUGGAUCAGAACAGGUUCUUGUGCCAUGCUGACACCAUCCACUGGAAUGACAUCAUCAAGAACCCGCGUUCUGAGCUUCUGGUGGUUCCUUCCAAUAACAGUGGCAACACAUGCAGACGGUGUCACAGAUCUUGUAAUGGACGUUGCUGGGGUCACCAGGAAGACCAGUGCCAAAGCUUGACAAAGACGGUGUGUGCAGAGCAGUGUGAUGGACGCUGUUUUGGUCCGUACGUCAGUAACUGCUGCCACCGUGAAUGUGCAGGAGGCUGUUUCGGACCCAAAGACACGGACUGCUUUGCUUGUACCAACUUUAAUGACAGCGGGGCCUGUGUGACACAAUGUCCUCAGCCAUUCGUCUACAAUCCAACAACCUUCCAGCUUGAACACAAUCCCAACGCCAAAUACACAUUUGGAGCGUUCUGUGUCAAGAAAUGCCCACAUAACUUUGUGGUGGAUCACAGCUCUUGUGUCAGAGCCUGUCCGAGCAACAAGAUGGAAGUUGAGGAAAAUCAAAUCAAGAUGUGCAUCCCGUGCACUGACAUCUGUCCGAAAGUGUGUGAUGGUAUAGGUACCGGCAGUCUUCAAACGGCUCAAACUGUAGAUUCCAGGAACAUCGAGAAGUUUGUCAAUUGCACCAAAAUCAACGGCAACCUCAUCUUCCUCAUCACGGGCAUCAAAGGGGACAUGUUUCAUGGUAUCAGAGCUCUGGAUCCUGAUCGGCUAAAUGUAUUCCGCACCGUCAGAGAGAUCACAGGUUUCUUAAACAUCCAGUCUUGGCCAGAAAACAUGACAGAUCUUGGCGUUUUCUCCAACCUUGCCACCAUCGGAGGGCGAUCUCUUUAUAGUGGUAUUUCUCUGCUGAUCCUGAAGCAGAGCUGGAUCUCUUCACUGCAGUUCCAAUCAUUGAGAGAGAUCAGCGCCGGUAACGUCUACAUGACCAACAACAGCCAACUCUGCUUCUACAAUACAGUGAACUGGACCGGUCUGUUCCGCACCAGCACCCAGAGAGCUGUGAUCAGGAACAACAGAGACCCCAGAGAGUGCACUAAAGAGCGGAUGGUUUGUGAUCCGUUGUGUUCGGAAGCAGGAUGCUGGGGUCCCGGUCCAGAACAGUGUCUCUCAUGCAAAUACUUCAGCCGAGGAAGGACAUGUGUCAAGUCCUGUAACUUAUAUUAUGGGGAUGUUCGAGAGUACGCCAAUGGUUCCGUUUGUGUUGAGUGUGACAGCCAGUGUGAAAAAGCCGGAGAGAAAAGUUUGACCUGCCAUGGCCCGGGUCCAGAUCACUGCGUGAAGUGCUUGCAUUUGAAAGAUGGACCCAACUGUGUGGAGAAAUGCCCUGAUGGUCUUCAGGGAGCAAACAGCUUCAUCUUCAAAUAUGCUGAGACCAACAACGAGUGCCAUCCCUGCCACCCCAACUGCACCCAGGGUUGUACUGGACCCCGAGUACAGGAUUGUGUUGGCAUGUUGGACAGGACUCCUCUGAUUGCAGCUGGGUUAAUCGGGGCUCUCUUUGUGAUGGUCAUCAUAGCUCUUGGUGUGGCCGUUUACAUCCGCCGAAAGAGCAUUAAGAAGAAGAGAGCUUUACGUCGUUUCCUGGAGACUGAGCAGUUGGUGGAGCCGUUGACGCCCAGUGGUACAGCACCAAACCAGGCUCAGCUGCGGAUACUGAAGGAAACUGAGCUCAAGAGGGUCAAGAUUCUGGGAAGUGGAGCCUUUGGCAUGGUCUAUAAGGGAAUCUGGGUUCCAGAAGGAGAAACAGUGAAGAUUCCCGUGGCUAUAAAGAUCCUCAAUGAAAGUACAGGACCUAAAGCCAAUGUGGAGUUUAUGGAUGAGGCGCUGAUCAUGGCCAGCAUGGAGCAUCCUCAUCUAGUGCGUCUGUUGGGGGUCUGCUUGAGUCCCACUCUUCAGCUGGUGACUCAGCUCAUGCCCCACGGCUGUCUGCUGGACUAUGUUCAUGAGCACCAGGAGAACAUCGGCUCCCAGCUGCUGCUCAACUGGUGCGUGCAGAUCGCAAAGGGUAUGAUGUACCUGGAGGAGAGGCGGCUGGUGCACAGGGACCUCGCAGCUCGUAACGUCCUGGUAAAAUCUCCAAACCACAUCAAGAUCACUGAUUUUGGACUUGCUCGACUGCUUGAUGCCAAUGAAAAGGAGUAUAAUUCAGAUGGAGGCAAGAUGCCCAUCAAGUGGAUGGCUUUAGAGUGCAUACAUUACAGGAAGUUCACACACCAGAGUGAUGUGUGGAGUUAUGGGGUGACUAUCUGGGAACUGAUGACGUUUGGAGGAAAGCCCUACGAUGGGAUUUCCACACGUGACAUUCCAGACAUCCUGGAGAAGGGCGAGCGUUUGCCCCAGCCGCCCAUCUGCACCAUAGACGUCUACAUGGUGAUGGUGAAAUGCUGGAUGAUUGAUGCUGAUAGUCGGCCUCGGUUUAAAGAACUCGCUGCAGAGUUCAGCCGCAUGGCACGAGACCCUCAGAGAUACCUCGUCAUACAGGGGGACGAUCGCAUGAAGCUGCCCAGUCCCAACCACAGUAAGUUCUUCCAGAGUCUUCUAGAUGAGGAGGAGCUGGAUGACCUGAUGGACGCUGAGGAGUACCUGGUUCCUCAGACCUUCAAUAUCUCUACCUCUUCUUACACAUCAAGACAACCGAUGGAUGCCAGUAGGACGCAGCUGAGGUGUCGUGACAGAAGCCCAGAAGGCGGGAUGGGAGCUUGUUCCCAUGACACUUCUGGUUCAGCGAGUGGCGUCUUCGUCCCUGUAAGCACACAAGGUGCGGGUCUCGAUGUUCUUGAGGAACAACACUGUAAUGGGAGCUUGAAGAAACAGCCCAUGUCUGGCUCAGGAGACGACUGUGACGGCCAGCGCUACAGUGCAGACCCGACUGUCUUUUUUGGAGAGAGGGGUCCAAAGACCACAGAUGAAGAUGGUUACAUGAGCCCAAUGAACAAGUCAGCCUCAGACCAUCUUAGUCCUGUCGAGGAGAAUCCUUUUGUAAACCAACGGAAAAAUGGAAAUAUUAAUGCACUGGACAACCCGGGUUACCACAGCACUCCUGAUAGGAAACCCAAAAGUGAGGAUGAGUAUAUCAACGAACCCCUUUACCUCAACACAUACAACAACACUAGUGGGAUGAACCAGGAGAUUAUGAGAAAAAAUGGAGCUUCCAUCCCACUACAGAUGACUACAGCAGCCAGCACCGCAAGCAGCCACGUUAUCCUCUCCACACAAACUGGGAAAGCCCACCACCACGGCCAGGGAACACAUGUUCAUUUCGCCGUUCCACCUGUUCAGCCCCCCCAAACGAGAUCAAUGAGCCAAAAUGGCCAGCAUUCCCAGCCCCCCUACGGUGCUGAAUCCAAUUCCUCCAGCAUGUCUGGCAAUCCUUCCUUAUUAACCCAAAUCUCCAUCGUCAGCCAACAGAUCCCACCUUGUCUGGCAAGUCAGUCCGGCUCGUCUACCCAUCCGGCUCAAGUGGUGAAAUCUGCAGUCACAAGUAAAAGUAUAUCCGGCCUUCCCGGCCACCUUGUCUACCCAGGUAACAUGCUUCAAACGGGUCAUACUGGGACUGUAAUGGUCGACAGGAAGUCGAAGAAGAAUUUUGAUAAUCCUGACUACUGGCAACAUAGUCUACCGCCCAAGGUGACCCAACAAAACCCUCAAGACCCAACGCAAGUGUGCAAAAGCAAACAUCUCUAUAGGCACAGCAUCCGAAGUCGCAUCGCCGUGGCUGACAACCCUGAGUAUCUUUCCGAGUUAAACAAGAGAGCGGUUCUGCCACCUCCACCGUACCGCCACAGGAAUACAGUGGUGUAACAUCACAGUCGUUUUAGUUAGCCAGAUUCUUCUACCAGCACCAUACGUUAAACUGGAAUUACUGAAGUACAGGAAAACUCCCAACUUCAGUGUUUCUGCCAGAGGAAUUCAGGAAGGAGACUUAUUGGACUUUAAAAGGAAAACCGACCAAGCAAAGUGCCUCAAAACUAUUCCAAAAGCUAUUCCAUCUUUUCUAUUCCAGCAAAUCAGAAUGUAACCAGAUGAAUAUCCCUUAAAGGGAUAGUUCACCAAAAAUUAAAAUUGUCAUCAUUUACUCACUCUCUUUUCGCUGCAAACCCAAAGACUGUUGGAGAUUUCUGUCCCUCCAAAGUCCAUUACACUUUAAACAAAUAAACAAACAAACAAAAACUCUAAUUUGUUACAGCCAAAUGUAUUAGUUUCUCAAAUUAUAUUUAUAGUUUGUUUCAAACUGUAAAUUUUAAUUUAAUAUUAAUCAAAAACAUUCCUUUUCCCAAAGUCAAAAACUUACAUUCAUAUAUAUAUUGCCUCUGUACAACUUCAUUUUACCAUAAACAAAAGCGUAAUCACUAAAGAUAAAACUAAAACAUGUUAAUGAUUAAUUUAGUUUUCUUGCUAUAAAUAAAGCAACUCUGAAAGACUUUAAUGUCUAUUGUAAAGUCUUUUUAAAAUAUGCAUCAUCUUUUCUGCUAUGUACACACACACAAAAACAAACAAAACAAAACAAAACAAACAAAAAACACACAUAAUAAAAUUAAAACCCACAAUAAUGUAUGCAAUCAGUAAAUGUGUUCUGCACAUCAACACUCUGGUGUCAAGCAAAAAUACUAUUUAAACAAAAUUGUUUCUUUUCAUUUUUUGAAUGGGAAGUGUUAUUGAAUUUUAGCUAAACUGAACAAAAUCAAAGUUUUGUUGUAAUGUACUUUUAAUGGAGGGAAAGAAAUCUCUCAGAUUUCAUAAAAAAAUAUUUUCAUUUGUGUUUCGAAGAUGAAUGAAAGUCUUAUUAGUCUUUAGCCUCCUUGUUAGAGCGCCCGACUCCCAUACCUGCGACCCGGGUUCGAGUCCCGCACAGAGUGGGUGGUUUAAACAGGAGGGGUUACAUUGGUGCCAUGACUCGGAUGGGAGUGAGGUUCAGGUGGGUGAGUGUAACAGACAUAGGCUAGUAAGAGCUGUGCGUGUAAACCUCACUCCCCUGAACUCAAGAGGCGCUUUAGUGACUAACGCUAGAGAUUGCAGUCAAACGGGAGGGUUUACAUUUGGAAUGACAUGAGAGUGUGUAACGAUGACAGAAUUGAAAUUUUUGGGUGAACUAUCCCUUUAAUUUUCACCUCUGACUGAUUCUCCUACAGUUAGGAAGUUCGCAGUGACUAAAUGGAAACUGGUGUCCAACUUGACAAAAUGGUAGAGUACCCGAUGGUAAGGAAAAACACUUGCUCCUGUGGUUUUACGGAAGGAAACGGACACUUUAUUUCUGGUGUCAUAAACCAACUGUCUUUUUGACCACUUUCUGGUCAUCAUGUAUUGUUGCUGUUGAUGCCGUAAGCUACUUUCUCUUCUGUUUUCAACUGAUGGACAUGGAUUUAGGAGCGCCUACGAGAGAAUUGGGGUAACUCUUAUAUGUGAAUGAGACAACGUUGUGGAUCGUAAAAUGGUGCAUUCUGUUUUACCGUAGUGGAUUUAUCAAUGGACUACACUGGUUGGAUACUGUUUAUUUUCAGUCAUUUUCUUCUUCAUGUUUUUUAAAGCUCUUACCCAUUUCCCCCAAUUUUGUACUCGUAUAUAUAUAGGAACUAACAAAUCUGAUACAGGCAGAGAAAGAGCACAUGUGGCAGCCAUACCGCUUUUUGAGCUAACGGGAAAUAAGUGCCUUCCUCAACGGCACAAAAGCAUCGAUGGACAUGCCCAUGAAGUGAUUCAAUCGUCAAUCGCUGUACAUAUGUGAAACAGAUUUGAAUAUUCACUACUGAGCCAUCCAUGUAUUGAAAAUAUGUUGUUGUAUUUAAUUCAUCAGUUAAUGAAUUUAAUGGCACGAUUGAUAUAUUCUAGAAGGCAAUAUUACAGAUAAUGGAGGGCACGAUACAAAUUCAAAUAAACUACUGAUCUCCAAUGGAGAAUUUUGUUUUUUUAAAUGUACUGUGACAGAAAAUACUUUUGUCUGAAAUGUAUCCUGCUCUCAGUGAGAGUGUGACCGUAUUGUGGCCAGGGAGAAACUCUUCAUAUGUUUUAUAAACUGUAAUGGACAUUUGUCAUUAUUUAUGUCAGAGUGUCAUAUAGCAAAUAAGACGUUGUGACUGUGCAAAUUUGGUCCUAAACGUACCAUGCUGAUAUUAUGAAAAUUUGAUUUGCUUUCCAACAGCCAUUGGAGAUGUAGCUAGAUUUGUUUUGUUCUUUUUUUCCUUUGCCUUGUUAUUUUGUUUGUUUUGGGGCUAUUCCAAGAGAUGCAUCUCAUCCCUGUUGUAAUUCUAUUUGAUGGAAUGACACAAUAAAGGUCUUGUUUGAAAUUUUGAA